CGCAGCGCGCCGCAGUCCGUCCCCUGCGCGGCGCCGGAGCCAGUGGGCUGCGGCCUCGUCACGUGCCCCCACGGCCGAGGAAUAGGUCUGAUCAAUUUCUGUCUGCGUCUGCCUAGGCUGUGCGCCUAUCGAUCAUAUUGGUGUCUGCACAAACCCAGGAGGAGGAAGGUGCACGCUGCAGGUCCUCGGAUUUCGGGUUCCGGUGGUGGUGAAUUCUUUCCAAACAUAAGAGGAAUAAAGAAGUCACCUCCCCAGCUGUCAUCAUCCUCCAACAGAUUGAGCAAGAAUAGUUUGAGCAGUGCAGAAAAGACAGUCCAUCAAACCCUAGAUGAUGGUCGGCCAUGUGAAUUUCUCAAGAAAAGGAAUAGGGUGAAUGAAUGUGAUCAGAAAAGCAGCAGUGCAAAUGCUGGCCCAUCUUGGAGCAAAGCCCAGCAAUCAAGGAAGUCUUCAGGAAAACGGCAGAGUAAAUCCCAAGGACCCCAUGUUUCCUCCCAGCUGAGAAGCAGCCUCCUGGGGGCCUCCGCUGGAGGUGAGCCCCAGGCCAGCACCCUGGGCUCUAGGUACAGAGAGGCCUCGGAGAGUACACUGUUUCUUCACUUCCAGUCCAUGAAAAUUAUGAAGGAAGACGUGGAGGAGGACAGUGCAAGUGACCUGUCAGAUUCAGAAAGAAUUCCCAUUCCUCCUUCUCCGCUCUCCCCUCCAGAUCUCAAGCUUCGAGCUGAAGAAAUCGAUCCCAUUGACUUUGACCUUCCCCCAGGUCAGGGCCACACCAAGCCGGAGUACCACUAUCCUGAUUUCCUUCCGUCCCCUUUCAACUCCUGGGACCUGCGGGAUAUGGCCCUGCUUCUGAAUGCAGAGUGCAGAACCACGGAGGUGCCCCGGGCUGGGGGACUCCUCGGGAAGUACAUCGACAGACUCGUCCAGCUCGAGUGGCUGCAGGACCAGACUGUGCAGUGUGAAAAGGCCAAGGCGGCCAAGGCAAGGCCUCCUGCUGCCCCUAGGACCUUGGGGGCACUGAAGAGCCCCGGGAGAAGUAAGCUAAUUGCUACUGCCCUGUCCAGGCCACUACCGUACCUGGAAGGGGCUUCAAAGUCAGGCCCUUCACAAAAGAAAGGUUGGCACCAUGGAGAAGUUCACCCUUCCUGUUACACCUUUGAGACUUCCCCCAGGUCCCCGGAUGUGCCGAGUAGCACUAGGUGGUGUUCCCAGAAGCAAACCCCUGAGACAAGGACGGAGGAAAAGAAAAAGAGAGCAAAUAAGAGUAGCAAGCUGCAGGGCUGGGAUUUGCCUUACAGUGACAGCAGCCCCAAGAUGGAAACCAGUGGUAACAUCCGGAUUCCCAGACAGACAGCCAUGAUUCUGGACUCUGCAGACCCCUGCAAGAGCUCCAGAACACCAGCACAUGCAUACCUGAAGAAAAAGGGAAAUACAAAUAACUGUGGCCAUGCUACUGUGCCCAGUGAGAAGAAACUCAAAGCAAAUGGAGUAAAACAAAAGACGUGCAAAUUAAAAUAAUGAUGAUCUGCAAAGACUAUCGACCUCAAUACUGGAGCUCUUCCAAAAUUACACUUUAUGACUGACGGACAGCAUUUUAUGACUGACAGCUGAGUGGUUGAUUGGCUCUUUAGUCCACCCCACCCCCAGUAGUGUUAUUUUCGGUAGUCUGUGUCUUACAGUGAGACUUUCUUUGCAUUGACAGUCUUAGGCAUUGAGAACCCUUUAGGUAAAAAUUAACCAAAGUAUGUGCCGUAUAAAGGGAUCACAUGGCAGUACUUGGGAAGAAUCAAGGAAACUUCUGGGUGGGACUGAUAGGUUGGUGCCCCAUUUCCUCUUGCAUGUAAGCGUGUAAAACAGGGCAGACUGUUUGAAAUGAUGUGAAGUCCUAGCAUUUGGAACAAGACACUCUCCUGCUUUUGCGGAAGCUCUUCAAGCAGAAUUUGUAUUCAUUUUAUUCCCAGAGAAGCCUCAUUCCUUCUGGGUCAGGGAGUACACAGGUUUCUAUUUUGAGCAGUCAUUUGUCACUGAAUUGCUCGCUCACUAGAGACAAAGGCAUCUGGAACUUCAGUACUUCUCUCUGACAUGGGAUUUUUUUUUUUUUUUAAAGGAAUCAUUGAAUUUAGAGGCCGUGGUGAAGUCCCAUUUCUGAGUUUUCUAAACAGAUUAAAAAUAAUUUGCAGCUUUUCCAGUUGGAAAGCCUGGGGGUUGAAGCUUGAUUUUAUUGUUUGGUGUGGCGUCCAAGGGUCUCUGCUGUGGGAGGCUUCCCUGAAGGGGGUCCCCAGGAACAGCCCCUCUUAGAAGUUGGGAACGAAGGGCCUGCAAUAGCUGAAAAUUCAUGGGACGUGCUGCGUAGCAGUUACUAAAUUACUGACUUGGGACCUAGAUUCUGUUGUCCUUAGUCAAAAAUAAUGAUCUGUUUCAGUUUGUAAGAGCAAGGUUCUACCAUCUAGCCUGGGCGUGGGGGCGGGGAGGCCCCAGGAAGUGCUGGAGGGAGGAGUGUAGACAAGUCGCUGGAUGUGUUCUCACCAUCCAGAUCUAGACUUGGUUUCCUGGCUCUUCUACAAGUAUCUUCCUUCUCUGGAGUUAAGUGACAUCUUGUUCCUAUGGUUGUGCUGGGAACUUUCCGUUGAUGUUUGUAUCUUCAAGACCUUUGGUUGACAGAUUCUUGAUAGUGUGUUUUAAUGACUGGACAGUGGUUGAUUUUAUCCGUUCAGACAAUAACUGUGUUUGGUUUUUUGUUGUUGUUUUGUUUUUACAUCUGUGUUUCUGUCUUUUCACCUUUGGGGCAAAUGAAAAACUUGGCAUGUCAUAUUUGAACAUAUAGUGGUUUAUGAACUCUUAUUGCAAAUAGCACAGAGACAAGACACAAUGUGCAGAGGUUAAAUAAUAAGAUAUCUUUUAAAAACAUGACUUUAAUCAUACGAAACAACAGAGGAGAAUUUUAUAAUAGCCUUUUUUUCCUGACUUUACGUGCAAGUUUUUGCAGAUUCUUCACCUCGUGCACCACCCCACUGGAAAAAGCAUGCUGUAUGCUACGGUCUUCUGCCUGUUUAUGCAACCAAAAGAUGUACACGUAGUAGGCAUUGCUCCCGUAGUCCUCAAAUAUGCGCUUAACCUUUGUCCUCAGUAGAUGCAUUGCAUUGGAAAAGCAGCCCUUAUUCUCCUUUCUGUGGUUCCUGAGUGGUGUCACUUAUGCCCUGGCCUGCCCUGCUCCCCGUGAGCCCUGAUCAGUCCACUGCGUGUGGUUGGCACCCCUUGUCAUUCUUUCUCUGCAAGAUUUUUAUUCAGCUCUUUAUAUAAAGUUUCAGGACCAAUUAAUAUAUGUAAUAUAAUAUCACACACAUGUGUAUUUCUUAUACGCACUGAGCGUUCGUGCUAAGCCCCUGCCUUUCCUGAGGUGUGCUCUCCUGGGUAUUCUCAGAGACCUAGAGUGGGUGAGGUGAAGCUGUUUCCUUUCCUGCCUCCCCUGUGUCUGAGCUGAGGAUCGUGUUGAUUGAGGAUAAAGCAAUGCCUCCUGCAUUCUUUCCCAGCUCUUUUAACUGGGAGAUAGUUAGUUGCUUCCUCUGGAGAAUAGUCAUAUAUUCAGACAGUUUUGAAAGCCAAAAAACUGUCUUUCCUUGUUUACUUUUUUUUUUUUUUUUGCCUCAAGUUGGUUAUUUUAACCAGUAUUAUUGGAUCAGAUCAGAGCUCCUAAUGAAGAGUAUUAAGAUUUUUUCUUAAAGUCAGGUCUAUUACAGUACUCACAUAAGCACAAUUUUAGUUUGAUGAACUCUGAUACACAUAUCCAACCCAUCUCAAUGCACUGACUGCUGCAGAAGAGAAUCUUGGCACUUCCAUGCCGAUGGUGUUGGAAAGCUCAACUGUGAACUCACUCGGUUCAUCGAAUCCUGAAUCUGGUGACAGAAGUCCUUGCGUUUUCAAGAAGUGCCUCUCAUUUCCGAGGAGUUGUUUACAUACACCUUGCAUUUAGACCAACUAAAAUGAUCUGAGGUCAAAACAAUCCAAAAGAGUGUGUGAAAAAAUAUUUCCAGCUUCCACUCAGUGGAAAAAAUUGUAGAAAAGUACAAAAAUGGGCCACAAAACCCCAUCAGAUUGUUUAGAGUUGGACUAUUUUCCAAAUCUUUGAAUGCCUAAAGGGGCUGAAGGUUUGUCAGCAACUUGAAGCGAGUAGAAUUGGUGGCCUGACAAAUGUCGGGGAGAUGCUGUCAUUGGUCUGAAGAUAGCUGCUAGCUACAAGGAGGAGGUACAUGGCAAUUCUUCAGCCAUCUAGGCCACAUCCCAGAGAGACCAGAAUCGCUGCGUUACGUGUAGAAAUGCUGUCUGUUUCCACUCUCCUUCUUUGCUCAUUUACUCAAGUAGUUACAUAAAAGUAUGAAGCUCUUGGUGGUCCAGCAUUUGAAGGUAACAGAGGCAGUAUUUAUUACUUAUUUAUGUACAUGUUCAAGACACUAUUUUAAAUGGCCUGGAAAUAUUCAGCAUGUUUCAUUGGUAUCAUAAUGAUUGUAUGUUUGGUUUUGUACAGAACCAAAUUCAUGUAAGUUUUUGUGAACUCAUAUUUUUUUCCUUCCUUGAGAUCAAUUAAACAGCAGAAAAAUAUUA